ACACGCUAAAAUUAAUUGAUUUUCAAGGCGCGAUCUCUAAAUGCACCCCCACCACUUAAACGCGUCACAGCAUUCUUCUUUCCAUUCCAUACCUAAUCUCCAAAGCUAGUUAAUAAUUGUACAUCUUUAGAAUGAACAACGUCACUUUCUAAUACAUAGCACUACUCUUCUUCGUCUUCUUCUUCGUAUUAAUUUACAUUCUCUCAUCAAUCAAUUAGAUUCCAACUUAUAUCUUACAAAAACCAUUCCUACACUUGAUCGCAGCAUUAGUGAGUGAUAAUCCUAUUAGAUAUCACGUCGCGACUAGCUGUAAUCAUGGCGCCCCAAACACGCAGCUCGGGCAAGUCUUCUAAGGAUACCACAUACAAAUCAACUGCUCCAGCUCCCCAACAGCAAUUAUUCCCGGCUCGUCGACGUGCUGUCAAAACCUAUGGGCGUCCUCGCACUACCCGAAAAUCCCUCAGACAAGAAACAUUGACUCAGAUGAAUUUUGUAUCGCCAUCCAUGCCCGAGGAAAAUUUCCUCAUCUCAGAUGACGACGAAGAAGAAAGCGGGGCUAUGGUAGCUUCAGCUCCAGAGCCUGUGAAAGCCGUUCAGCCCAAGAAGAGGGGCCGUGGCAACCGUCGCAAGACUACUAACGAUGAAUUGGUGGUAGAGGAGAAGCCUAGGGAUGCCAAGAGACGGAAGACUUUGGGAGAUGCUCCCAACCCAGCCCCGUCAAGCAGCUUCCAUACACAAACAUUAACACAACUUCUCCCAAAAAUUGGCAGGGGAGAUGAUCAGGAGAAUCAGGAAGAUUGGCAAAUCGCCGAUUCGGAAGACGAGGAUAAUGCGGACUUCAUAUUAGAGACUCCGAAAAAGGUGGAGGAUCCAAUCCGAUUCAAGGAUGAUGAAGAAUCUAACCACCAACAACAACAAUCAAACCUCAAGUCUUCAAUUCCAAAAUCGGGAAUCUCUGCCACGCCAACCAAUCGUCAGACGAGGGCACAAUUGAGAGCAGUGGUUCCCUCCAGUACAUCGCCUGAAUCGCUAGCAACGCCAAUGGCAAAGAGGGCCGUAGAAUGGGAUGAUUCGCCAUUAAGGACAAAGUCAACCACCAAAUCCUCCCCUAUGACUCUUGCCAAGGUUCGGCAGAUAUCAAAGGGCCGAGUCAUCGCAGACUCGUUUACCACCUCAUCGCCUAGUCCAAAGAAAUCGGCAGCCAAUGCUACUCCAAGUAAGAGACUACGGUUUGAACUACCAGAAGAGAAAGAGAACAUCACGCCAGGAAGAACCGAGCCCAAGAUACCAAAAGUUCUGAGAAAGACUCCAGCACGGCCUGCCCUCCAGCCCCUGAGAAGUAUUUCCGAGGAGGUUCCUGACUCUGAUCUCGAAGAUUUAUAUGAGAGCGAGGAUGAGCUAGAAGAAACAGCUGUUGGGGACCAGAACACGUCCAUGGAACCAGACGCAGAGGAGACCUGUUACGGAGACAUCGGAGAAGAGACACAGGCCGAGCUUCUCGCUUCAACCAAAGAAAAUGUCAUUGCAUUGUCUGAGGAUGAUACACGAGAGUCAAGUCGAUCAGUGGUGUCUACCACUCCCACGCCAAUGCCAAAGCGGGUGUGGGGACCCUCUACAACAGAAGCUUCCGCCGUAAAGCAUACAGCAAUGUCAUCUCCCACGAAACGGCCAUCAGAUCCAGACUUGGAAUCGACACAGACACAAUUGUUCAGUCAAUAUCCAGACAGCCAACGAUUGUCUCUAGAAGCUAUCCGCGCUCUUGGUCCGCAGCAUGGGUCUUCGGAUAUACUCAUAUCACUUGCUCCCGAACCCUUGGCGCAGAUUCUCAAUCGUAGGAAAAAUCAUGAAUUCAGAAAGUGGCACGUGAAUGACGACCUCCUGGAACGCGUUUGGAUUUAUUCGACCUCAUCAAAGGAGGUGAAAUAUAUGUUCAAAGUUGGCCCUGCGAAGCGACCCGGAGAGAUCGAAGAUGAAGACGGUAUCGGAAAUAAGGAGUUCAACCAGAAUAAACUGCCUGAAAGAUACUUCUACCAGAUAUACAACCCGAGCAGAUCUGGUGAGAUCUACGCGUACGAGAUCCUUCAGGUUUACGAGCUCAACGACCCCCUCUCUCCAGAGGAGCUGAAGAAGAUAUCUGGGAUAAAAGCUUCGCCGCGCACAUACAAGCACAUUCCACCCGCAGCUAUCGGAGAACUCACGGCCAAUCUGAAGUGUGCCUUAUUUUCUGAGGAGGAUGAGGAUUUUGCGGAACCUGAUAUACCUAAACUACAGUUAGGUGCACCGACGCAGCCCGCAUCGGAGCCGCGGGGUGAGUCGUCGCUUAGAGCGACUAGCAAAGCUAUCCAACCCGAGACUAGUUACGCCAAGCCUAGUGUGCCUAAACUUCAGCAUGGCUCUUCAAACCAAAAGACUCCUCGUUCUGUGAGACCCUCGCAGGCUACUACGGUUUCGAGCCCGAAUAUUUCUCCCGAGAAGUCACUCCCGCGCGGAAUGAACCCGUUGAGCGAUAUAAUACUCCGCAACAUGCCUCCUAGCAGCAGCCCCACGGCUUAUCGCACGACUGGAAACGAUUCUUUGCGAUCUUCCCAGUUCCCGACGCGCAGCCAGAUGCUGCCAGAUAGCUUGGUGAACGACGAGAUUCGAGCGCCGCCACCAAUUAUCUGGGACUCGGAAGAUGAGUCUGACUGAAUGUCUAGUUGUGAUUCAGACACGUGAUGAUGAGGCCAUGUGAUUAUGAUUUCAGGUGCGAUUUCAGGUACAAUUUCAGGGGCUAUGCAUAAGUAAGGUACCUACACACGAGGUAGCUUAGUGCAAAAGAAACAGUCGAAG